AUGAUUCAACACAAAAUUCUACUUCUUACUUCAAAUGUUGGUUCACUCUUUGAAAAUAAAGGAGGAUGCCGCAAAUAUUGGCUAAGUCAAAUAACAAAAGAAAUAAUUUUGAAUUUUCCUUCUUUUGUUGCUUUACACCUUCAAGAGAGUGGGGGGAAGAAUUACAAAUUAAAUGCUAAAGAAAUGCCGGUACUUGUUGAUGAAUUACAAAAACGAUUGGCUUCUGAAGGUUAUGUUGUUUCGAGGUGUUUUCUUGAUAUUCAAUGUGAACUUAUUGAGGAAUUUACGGCUCUCUCUUCUCUUUUCUUCAUCCAUGAAUCUGCUGUUAAACUUGUCCAACAAUUCAAUUUUAAACAACGCAAAUUUAUUCCAAUUGUUGACUCAAAAUAUUCUCAAUUAAUUCUAACUUCUGGAUUAAAUCGUUCUGGAUUUGUUAGAAAAGAAAAAUUUUCUAGGGAUUUUUGGCCGUCUUUUCGGUUUGGAAGAAAAGGAUUUUUACAUACUCGAUGGAAAUUUGAUGAAAGAAUUUUUGAUUUGAUUAAUAUUCAUUUAUUUCACGAUGAAUCAAAUUUGAAUCUUUUAGAGAAUCCAACCCUUUACAGCAAUAACAGAAAAAAUGCUUUUAAUUAUGUUCUCCAAAAAUUUGAAAAAUUUAAUGGAGGUACAAUUGAAGGAGCUAGCAAUUUAUUUGUUUUUGGCGAUUUUAAUUUUAGAUUGGAUUUUGCUUCGUUUGUAAAGAAACUGACAAGACAGACAAACGACCGCCAAAUUCUGCUCUGUCCACCAAUUGUUGAACAACAAACAAAUUCAAGAAGUUCAACAACUUCAACUUCGGAUUUAUCAACUUUAGACGAAGAAGAAAUUUCUUUAUUGGAACAUUCAACAAAUUCAAAAAAUCAAUUUUUGUCUUCCUCAACGGAUCCUUCAGCCAGUAGUUCAGAAACUGAUGAAUUGAGAACUUCUUGUGAUGAUAUGGAUGAAAUAAAUGAAACAAAUUUUUGUUUAAAUACGUCGACUAGAAGAAGAAAUUCAAUUAUAGAGUAUUACAAGCCUUUAAUGAGGUCGUAUUUGAGUCCUUUUGAUGGACAAAGAGGAAAUGUUAGUUGGGUAUUACGUGUUGGUAGAAAACGCUUUGAAUAUUUUGAUGAAAAAUGGCUUUUGGAUGAAUGGAAAGUUUAUAGAGAGGACGAUUGUGAAUUAAAUGAAUUUCCAUUGAAAGAAUUAUUUUUACAAUUUCCACCGACAUAUCCAUGGAGUGAAGAGCCGGGAAAUCAUAAUACUUUGAUGAAAACAAGAGCCCCCGCUUGGUGUGACAGAAUAUUAUUUAAUAAUAAUGCUUGUAAUCUUUUAAAUCAUUUAAACAAUGAUUCUUUAAAUUGCAACAAAUUUUAUCGUUCAUUUGCAAUGGAUGAUUGUAUUGGAGAUCAUAAACCUGUUUUGCUGCUUUUUUCACUUUCUUCAAAUUAAAAUUUGGAUUUAUAGUGUUUAGAAUAGUAAAGUAAAAAACAUUGUUUUUAAUCAGCUCGGUUCUAAAAAUUUAUUUCUUUAGUUUAAAAUUAGUAGUUAGAGCAAUAAUAAAUUAGUCAAAGUCCCUUAAAUUAAUUGAGAGGGUUGCUUUGGAAUUGAAAUGAAUUUUUAGGCAGAAAUUUAAAAAAAAAUGGGAGGAAAAAUUCAAAAAAAUUUUUUUCUGUUUAAAAAGAUUU